UGCGCGCAGGCUCGUGGGCUCCAGAAGAGGCUCAGAGCCCGGAGGUCGCCCGGUUCCGUCGUCAGAGGAGCUCUGCAGCCAGCCACUCCCGGCGGACAAAAUGAGGCAAAGUGAAACGGCGAACGGCACCGCGGUUGGGACCAGCCCCCGGGUCCUGAGCCGGGGUCGCCGCACUCUCCCGGCAGCCUCGAGGGACCCAGGGCAGGUCGAGCCGAGCCAGGGCCCCCGGUGCUCCGUCGCGGCUCCGUUCGCUCCCUCCCUCCUGCCCUCCCUUCCUCCCGGCGGCCGCGGCGACGAGCCGGGGAAGCGGCAGAGGGGAGUGGCCCGGCCCUGGAAGAAUGCUGCUCCGCCGAGGGGGCCGGACCCGGCACAGCCUCCCCACGGUUUAAGUCCCACGAGUCGAGUCCAAGGGACCCAGUGUGGUGACCCUGCACCUGAACCGCUGGAGGCGCUGACUGCUUCGCCCACCGGAGCCUCCGGGCUUCGACAUGCUGGAGGAGCCUGGGUCUCGGCCUCCGCCCCUGGGCCUCGCGGGUCUCCUGCUCCUGGCUUUGUUCAGUCGGGCUCUGAGCAAUGAGAUCCUGGGCCUAAAGCUUCCCGGGGAGCCGCCGCUGACGGCCAACACCGUGUGCCUGACCCUGUCCGGCCUGAGCAAGCGGCAGCUGGGCUUGUGCCUGCGCAGCCCCGACGUGACGGCGUCCGCGCUCCAGGGCCUGCAGGUCGCCGUGCACGAGUGUCAGCACCAGCUGCGCCACCAGCGCUGGAACUGCUCGGCGCUGGAGGGCGGCGGCCGGCUGCCGCACCACAGCGCCAUCCUCAAGCGCGGUUUCCGUGAGAGCGCCUUCUCCUUCUCCAUGCUGGCUGCCGGGGUCAUGCACGCUGUUGCCACAGCCUGCAGCCUGGGCAAGCUGGUGAGCUGUGGCUGCGGCUGGAAGGGUGGCGAGCAGGACAGGCUCCGGGCCAAGCUCCUGCAGCUUCAGGCGCUGUCCCGGGGCAAGAGUUUUCCUCACUCGCAGCCCAGCCCUGGCCCCAGCUCAGGCUCCGGCCCUGGCCCCCAGGACACGUGGGAGUGGGGUGGCUGUAACCAUGACAUGGACUUCGGGGAGAAGUUCUCUCGGGACUUCUUGGAUUCCAGGGAAGCUCCCCGGGACAUCCAGGCUCGGAUGAGAAUCCACAACAACAGGGUGGGGCGUCAGGUGGUCACAGAAAACCUAAAGCGGAAGUGCAAAUGCCACGGCACCUCAGGCAGCUGCCAGUUCAAGACGUGCUGGAGGGCAGCCCCAGAGUUCAGGGCCAUCGGGGCGGCCCUGAGGGAGCGGCUGGGCAGGGCCAUCUUCAUCGACGCCCACAACCGCAAUUCCGGAGCCUUCCAGCCCCGCCUCCGGCCCCGCCGCCUCUCGGGGGAGCUGGUCUACUUCGAGAAGUCCCCCGACUUCUGCGAGCGGGACCCCAGCGUGGGCUCCCCGGGCACGAGGGGCCGGGCGUGCAACAAGACCAGCAGCCUGCUGGACGGCUGCGGCAGCCUGUGCUGCGGCCGUGGGCACAACGUGCUCCGGCAGACGCGCGUGGAGCGCUGCCACUGCCGCUUCCACUGGUGCUGCUUCGUGCUGUGUGAGGAGUGCAAGGUCACGGAGUGGGUCAGCGUGUGCAAGUGACGGGGCCUCGCCGCCCUGGGGCCGAGGGGGAACGCGGACAGGGGCGCUCGCCUUCAGCCCUCCGCUCUGCUUUCUGUCCAGGGGCUCUGCUUUCUGUCCAGGGUUAGCCGUCGCCCCUGGGAAGCUCAGUGUCUACCUGGAAACAGCUUUGGGGGAGUAGGGUCAGGGGAAACCUGUGAUGUGAGUGUGUGUGUGUGUGUGUGUGUGUGCGUGCGUGUGUGCGUGUGUGUGUGCGUGCGUGCGUGCGUGUGCGUGUGCGUGUGACGCGGCCACCCUACUCUGUUCUGAAAACACCCAAGCAGACCAAGAUGAAGUGCGCUGCGUGGCUGCCCCCUCUUCAUCCAGAUUCUUGCUCCUGUGGGGAGUCCACCGCUUGGUCGCGCCUCUCCCUUGAAGGGUACCAGCAGGCGCUGUGUGGAGUCCUCAAGACCUGUACAUAGCAAGAGAACACCUCUUCCCGCCUGUGGUUCUCAGACUCCUCCGCGGCAGUCCGGAACCUCCUCUUAGGGAGUCACGGGUGACAGUAAUGAGAGGUUUUCGGUUGGAAAAGGACGGAGUGCGGGACGUCUCCUCUAAGCCCUCAGACAGCUGUCUUGUCACGCUCUGGGGGAGUUUUUCUCCUUCCAUUCAGUUGUUGAAAGGGUCCCUCCAAAGGAUUUUUUUUUUUUUUUCUGUAACUCUUGGAGGCUCUUUUUCCUUAUUGAGGGGGGUGGAUAAUUUAUUGAACUGAGACAUGUUCUUGGUUCCUGUUUGAAACUAAAAUAAGUUAAGUUGCUGGCCUAGUGGACUGGUGGACGCAGAGGUCGGCACGGGGUCGCAGCCUGUGGCUUUUUUCCUGGGUGAAGCCUGCACUCCUGUGCUCAGUGACUUUGUAUGUAUAUACCUAUACCGCUGGCUGCCACAAAGGAUUUGAAAUGAUGCUCAGUUACUGAGUUCAGACUUUUAGUCUGUAAAACUAAGGUGGACUGCUGGGCAGAAGGACUGCUAGAUCCAAAUAUCCUUAGACCCUGUUCACCCUGAGGCCUGCUCCAGGGAUCACCUUCAUGGGAACUUAGAACACAAGUUGUGGCCUGUUUGUUUGUUUGUUUGUUUGUUUUUUCCUGCAAAGGGCUAGAUGGUAAAUAUACUAGGUUAUUUAUAUUGUGGUCUUUAUGUCAACGACUCACCUCUCCCAUAAUUACUCAUUUCUGCUGUUUUAGACCCAAAAUACUUAUGGGCAGGGGAUGGACAAAUGCAGACACGGCCACACAUAAAUGGAUGGGUAAAGUUGUGUUCAAUACAGUUUAUAAAAACUGUGUGCAGGUCCAGACCCGGUCCUCUGGCUGUUGUUUGUUGACCCCUCUGCUAUACUACAAGGUCAUCUGCUCUGGGAGUUUCAUGUCUUAAAUGUGUCUUAACAAUUAAGCGGACUUAAAAAGAGCAGGUGUCGUCUCUAAGUCCAUACCAGAGUGCAUGCAAGGCUGAUGGGGACUAUGAAAGGAUUCCUGUGUUCAAAACGCAAAUUUUUUGUUGCUGCUGAGGAAGGGUCUCACUGUGUAUGCCAGGCUAGCUGGGAAGUCUGUAUCCCAGGCUGACCUCAGACUCCAUUCUGCUCUUAUUCUCCUGGGCCACGGGAUUACAGACAGGCCUUAUCAGGCUCAGCUAAAAUUAGAUACUUCAAGCAAAACUAGCAUUGUCUGCCACUGAAUUAUUUGCAUAUAUAUUUUUUCCUUCUUUAUUCCACUGUUGUUUUGUAUUUAAUCUGAGUAAAAUAAUUCCUUUAGCUUUUAAUUUUUUUCUACAUUUAUUUGUGUGUGUGUGCACGCUCAUGCGUGUGCGUGUGAGGGGAGGCAGGCCUGUCAUGGCAGGACACUUUGCAGAAGCCAGCUUUCUCCUUUUACCACACGGGUUCCAGUAACUGAAUUCAGGUCUUCAGGUUUGGUGGCAAGCACCCUUCCCUGCCUGGCCAUCCAGCUGCUCACUCCCUUAUCUUUCCAGAUAUGACUAGAAAGAAUAGACUUUCUUCUACAACAUCUCCAAUUCCUAGGCCAAUAUAUUUUUCAAGGAAACAUUUUUAAGAUGCAGUGUGGUGGGAGCUGGAGAGAUGGUUAAGAGCACUGGCUGUUCUUCCAGAAGAUCCAGGUUCAAUUCCCAGCACCCAUAUGGCAGUUUGCAAAUGUCUAUAGCUCCAGUCCCAGGGGAUCUGACACUCUCACACAGAUAUAAAGGCAGGCAAAACACCAAUGCACAUAAAAUAAGAGUAAUAAAUUGUCUGGCUCAGAGGCAGAAGUAGGCGGAUCCCUGUGAGUGCCAGCCUGGUCUACAAAGUGAAUUCUAGGACAGCCAGGGCUGUUACACAGAGAAACCCUGUUUCUAAAAAAACAAAACAAAAUAAAAAACGAAAAGAAAGAGAGAGAGAGAGAUUAAAUAAAUAGUUAAAGCUCCAAUGUGGACAAAGGCAGCAGGCCCUCGCUUGGGACCCCUGAGUGCUCAGGGGAGGGGGUGCUCCCAGGGAGGACGUAGAGGACACAGACUCAGUUCCCAGCGCCACAUGGUGGCUCAUAAACACCAGUCCAGGGGAUUCAGUGCCCUUGUCUGGUUUCUGCAGGCUCCCACACACCCAUGGCACAGAGACAGAUCCAUGGCAAAACAUACAGAAAAUAAAAACAAAUAUUUCUUUAAAAAAAAAAAAAGAAAAUAUUUUGCCAGAGAGUACAGAAAUAACUCCCUGCACUUCUCCAGGCAAUAAAUAAAUAUAUCUGCUGCCCAAGUUUCCCUGAAGUCUGCUGAGAUAGCACCAGGGUCACAGGAGAGCAUGGGGAGUGUUAUAUCAGGCCAGUACUCCUCGAUGACAUUAAAUUUGCUUAUUUUGGGAGGCCAGGUGUGGUGGUGCACACCUUUAAUUCCAGCACUCAGGAGGCAGAGGCAGAUAGAUCUCUGAGUUUGAGGCCAGCCUGGUCUAUAAAGCAAGUCCAGGAUAGCCAGGGCUACACAGAGAAACCCUGUCUCAAAAAAACCAAAACCAACCCCCCCCCCAAAAAAAAAGAGUACCUUUUGCUCUUGCAGGGGACCUGGGUUUGAUUCCCAGCCCCCACAUGGCAGCUCACAACUGCCUGUAACUUCAGCUCCAAGGGAUCCAACACCCUAUUCCAACUUCUACAGGCACUAGGCAUGCACGUGGUAUGCAGACACACAUGUAGGCAAAACACUCAUAUACACAAGU